CAUAGCAAGACGUGUGUGUCAAUAAGUCUUGUCGCGCUCCUGCUCUUGUUGGAUCAGUUCGCACGACCCAUGAAUUUUAGGGGAUGUCGCAUCUCACUGGGACUGUCUCACCUUCACUUCGACGAGCACUCACUCAUCCUUGCCACGCGCACGGCUUUCGCGAGGCGCGCGACAGCAACCGCUUUCACCUACCUCUUCUUCCGAAUACAUAGGCUCGGGCGGCUGCCUACAUGUGACGCUCCUUACCAGACAACCCACUCAACCACAACUACAUCGAAGUCCACACAUCAUGGCUCCCUCCACACGCCUCCGCGCACAACCAGCGCGCCGUGUAGACUACGGUCCAGUUGUGCCUGCCGUCCGGCCUGGUUCAUUUCACACCCCCAUCAUCCUUGGAGACACACCGCCGCCUGAGGAACAGCUAGCUCCACAUCCCACCGCAGCCACGAAGCUAGCCCGCAACGCCCAGGGCCGGUUUGUGUCGUUCAACGCCUCUCCAAAGCCGAAGCCUGAUCGUAAGAAGGUCACCAAAUCGACUUCGCCGCCGAAGAAGGAAUGUUUGAUCUGCGCAACGUCCAAGGGCACGAGACGCUGUUUCAAAACUUCGGCCUUGGAGGGCGCUUGCGAGCACUUCGAAGCCAUUUGCAAUCUCUGCGUCCAGAAGCAGGUCAAGACCAAGAUGUCGGGGCGUCAGCUUACUGAUGCUCAUCUGCCGUGCAUGUUCCCUGGGUGUGCGGCAGUGCUGGAUCAUGCGAUGCUGAAGGAGGUCAUGACGAAGGCUCUCUUCGAAACUUGGGACAUGGCGGUGACUAAGCACUUUCUUGCUGCCGAUCCGUCGUAUGUUGCCUGUUUGAACUCGGAGUGCGGCGUCUACUUUUCGGUCGAAGGCUGUGCCGGUAAAGAGAAGACUGCCAACAGCAAGAGCAAGGUAAAGCCUGUGGCCAACCCUGAGGCUAAGAAGAAGAAGAAAGGCGAUGGCAGCAAAGACAAGACGUCCACCAACAACGAGUCCAAGCCUGAAGCCAAGAAGAAGAAGUACAACCGCAAGAAGAACAGCGACGAAAUGGUGGCCUGCCCACACUGCGACCACGACCUCUGUCUAUCAUGCAAUCGUCCCGGCCACACCGGCUCCUGCGACAGUGCCAAGCAGCGCGAAGACGAAGAGUCCGUCAAAGCCAUUAAGACGAUGGGCGCGAAGCCCUGUCCCCAGUGCGGCAUCAACAUCACCAAGAACGGCGGCUGCGACCACAUGACCUGUCAAAACUGCCGCCACAACUUCUGCUGGGAGUGCGGCGGCGGCUACAAGGGCCUGCCCACCGACCACGCCACCACGUGUUCGCACGCCACCCCCCUCAUCGCGCACGACAUCGGCAAUUUCGUCGACGAAAACCUCACCGUUGCCCAAGUGAACGUGCUCAUCGCCCGCGCCCGCGCCGACCGCGACGCCGGCCUUCCUCCUCGUGCGAAUCUGCAGCUCGCCCCGGGAGUGCAGCUGGUUAAUGGAGCGGCGGUAAGGCCAGGCGCAGGUGCGGGCGCAGUUGCAGGCUCAGUUUGAUGAGCUCCAGCGUCGAUUUCGGGCUCAGGCUCAGCGUCUGGCUAUGAUCUUUGGACGAGCGAACUGAUGGACGGACGGAUGCAACCAGCAUGUCACAAAAUUAAGGAAAUCGAAGCGAAAGGCUGCCCUGAACAUAAGACGGCGCUUUUGGGAUGCUUCAUGGAUAAUGGGUGGAUCUAGCGUAUCAGGAUCAAUGCUUGCUACUUGAACGACUAAUUUGUUUCUGUUUACUUGUCUACCCU